GCAUCGUGCGUCCACUUGCAUAUAUCUAUUCCGCUUGCUGCUCUUUACCCUCUUCAAAGCCACUCCACUCGUUUCUGGAUCCGCAAGAAUCCAACCUAACAUAUUGGGAUCCGCGUCCACUUUUCCUAGCCACUCCAGCAAGUAGACACAAAAUAGCGAUCUUUAUAAGAAGGCGCAAACACUUCGCGCUGGCACAAAGCACCAGACGAACCAGGCCAUCUUCUAUUUUUCCCAAACAUGAGCUACCGCGUGACCAAGUUGGCCGAGGGACUGGUCGUCCCCAGCGAGCCGACCCCAACCGGCAAUCUUCCCCUCUCUUCCAUCGAUCAAACUCCGGGGUUGAGGGAUGUCAUGGUCGACUCCAUCCAUGUUUUCAGCCAUGGCGUGGAGCCGGCCAAGGUAAUAAGAGAUGCGCUGUCCAAGGCCCUGGUCCCCUACUACCCUAUCGCCGGCCGGAUUGUGAAGCAUGACGAUGGCGAGAUGGAGGUCGCCUGCACCGCGGAAGGCGCAUGGUUCGUCGAGGCCGUGGCUGAUUUCAGGCUUGAAGAUGUCAACAAUCUCGAACGACCUCUCAUGGUUCCCAAGGAAGAGUUUCUUCCAAGCUAUCCUCCCGACCAAAAGGGCUUAAUUUUCAUGUUUCAGGUUACGCAAUUCCGGUGCGGUGGAUUUUCGGUGGGCAUCAUCUCCAGUCACGCAAUGUCCGAUGGCCUCGGAGCAGCCCAGUUUGUGAACGCGAUAGCAGAGAUGGCCAGAGGGCUUCCAACUCCCACGGUGGAGCCCAUCUGGUGCCGAGACGCCAUCCCCAAGUUUAAUCCGGCCAAGCUCCCUCCAGGGCCCCCACCAAUCUUGACAGCCUUCGACUUCCAGUAUUCCAUAUCGGACAUCUCCUCGGACACCAUCAACGAGAUCAAGAACGCGUUCACCAGCGAGACGGGUCAAAGAUGCUCCACCUUCGAUGUCAUCACCGCGAUGGUCUGGCGAGCCCGAACUCGAGCCAUCGGUUUGGAGCCCCAGGUGGAUGUCAACCUGGGUUUCGCCGCGGACACGCGUCACUUGCUGCGUCAUUUGCUGCCCAAGGAAAAAGGUUACUAUGGAAAUUGCGUGUAUCCCAUGUCCGUCACGGCGUCCAGCGGGAAGAUCGCGGGAUCAUCGCUGGUCGAGAUUGUGGGUCUCGUGAGGGAAGCCAAGAAGAUGCUGCCAACCAAAUUCGCGAAAUGGAUGGCGGGUGAGAACGAGGAGGACCCCUAUAAGGUGCCCUUCGACUACGGGACUUUUAUCGUUGCGGAUUGGAACAGGGUGGGAUUUUACGAGGUAGACUACGGAUGGGGAGAGCCGGCGCAUCUCGUGCCUUUCAAUGACAGUAGAUUUAUCGGGUCGUGCAUCGUGCUCAGGCCUCCUAAACCUAAGCAGGGUGUGAGGCUAAUGAUGCUCUGCGUUGUGAAAGAACACUCGGCAGCUUUCAGUGAUGAAAUCAUGAAUUUGGCUUAGCAUCCUCCUCCUCGGCUUUAGAAACAAUCGAGAACUUUUAUAGGUCUUGGAUAACAAUAAAUUGUUUCGUCGUUCUUAUGAUCAUGGAUCGAGUAUCUUGUCAUUUUAAUUUUCUUUUUUUUAAAAGAGAAUGCUGUAUUGCAUCAUUAUUUGUUAAGUGCUUUGUUUUUGUUUUUGUUUUUUUUGUUUUUUAAGUGGCAUCAUUAUUUGUUAAUUGAAUGCAUCUUUUACGGUCUUGUGGUUCUCUAUAGCAGAGCAUAAAUAUACAAU